CGUUUCAAACGUCAUUAUAACUUGCCAUAAACACUAAAUAUCGGUGUUAUUUGAUUAAACACCAUAGAAGAACUUGUUUAUAAGUCUCUCUAAACACACCUGUCAGUGUAACUAAACUCAAGCAACAUGUCGCUACUACGUGUAUGUGCUUUUACAUCAAAACGUCUUAAUACCCAAUUGUUAUUUGUGGAUUUGUCUUUUGCAGGAUGCUUGCGGACAGCCAGUGGUGCAGCGAAGGACAAGGAGCCACUGCGCAAGGCCAAAACUCCCCAGGGACGUUUUGACAUGGAUGAUGAGAAGCCUAAAGAUCCUCUUCAAAAGUUCCCUGAUGAUGUAAACCCAGCCACUAAGGAGCAGGGGGGGCCUCGGGGCCCAGAGCCUACGCGGUACGGAGACUGGGAGAGGAAGGGCCGCUGUGUCGAUUUCUAGUUUUGUACAAUUUUACAGUUGUGAAUUAAAUUACAGAUGAGUUAUGUUCAUGUAUCUAGACUUCCAUUUAUUGAUCUAUUGAACAAAAACUCAGCAAAAAAAGAAACGUCCUCUCAUUUUCAACUGCUUUUAUUUCCAGCAAAUGCGGAAAUAUUUGUGUAAACAUAAAAAAAUUCAACAACUAAGACAUACACUGAACAAGUUUCACAGACAACAGAAAAUGAAUAAUGUGUCCCUGAACAAAGGUGGGGGUCAAAAUCAACAAUAACAGUCAUUAUCUGCUGUGGCCACAAGCUGCGUUAAGUACUGCAUCUCCUCAUGGACUGCACCAGAUUUGCCAGUUCUUGCUGUGAGACCGUGGUGCUUGCACGUUCCUGGACAUUUCUGUGGGGAAUGGCUAUAGCCCUCUCCCUCCCGAUCCAAUGAUCCAAUGGGAUUGAGAUCUGGGCUCAUUCGCUGGCCAUGGCAAAACACUGACUUUCCAUUCUUGCAGGAAAUCACCCACAGAACGAGCAGUAUGGCUGGUGGCAUUGUCAUGCUGGAGGGUCAUGUCUGUGCACGUAGGUGAUGGUUUUUGCCUGUGAUGUCUGCUAAGGACCUGCCUUACAACAGGCCUACAAGCCCUCAGUCCAGCCUCUCUGUCUGUUGCCGACCAUCUGAGCAGUGAUGGAGGGAUUGUGCCUUCCUGGUGUAAAUCAGGCAGUUAUUGUUGCCAUCCUGUACCUGUCUUACAGGUGUUAUAUUCGGAUGUACCAAUCCUGUGCAGGUGUUGUUACACGUGGUCUGCCAUUGCGAGGACGAUCAGCUGUCCGUCCGGUGUCCCUGCAGCGCUAUCUUCGGCGUCUCACAGUACGGACAUUGCAAUUUAUUGCCCUGGCCCCAUCCGCAGUCCUCAUGCCUCACUGCAUCUUUCUUUUGGUGAGUCAGUAGAGAGGUCUUUUUAAUUUGUAUAACUGCAACCUUAAUUGCUUACCGUCUGUAAGCUGUUAGUGUCUUAACGACCGUUCUGCAGGUGCAUGUUCAAUAAUUGUUUACAGUUCAUUGAAAAAGCAUGGAAAACAUUGUUUAAACCCUUUACAAUAAUGAUCUGUAAAGUUAUUUGGAUUUUUAGAAAAUUUUUCUUUAAAAUACAAUGUUCUGAAACGGGGACUUUUCUUUUUUUGCCGAGUUAUUUCGUCUUGAACAACAAUGUGAUAAUGAUUGCAUGUGAAAUUCAUAAUCAUGGAGUCUGUUGGACAGUCUCUUGUGUGUUAUGGUUCAUUACUCUGUUUGCACUUUAUUCUUUGAAAUAUAUUACAAUUAUUUUGAAGAGAAAUUAUUACAUAGUGAAUGGUUGUCAUGCAAGGUUAUGGCGUCCUAUAAAGAGAUUACUUUUUAAAAUCAA